AUGCUUAUAAAAGUAAAAACAUUAACUGGUAAAGAAAUUGAACUUGAUAUUGAACCUACUGACAAGGUGGAUCGUAUCAAAGAAAAAGUUGAAGAAAAAGAAGGAAUCCCACCUGCUCAACAACGAUUAAUUUUUUCUGGUAAGCAGAUGGCUGAAGAUAAAACUGCUGCAGAGUACAAGAUUGUCGGUGGUUCUGUACUUCAUCUGGUCCUAGCAUUACGAUGGUUCGUGAAAUUUAUUUCCAUUGAACUAAAAUGGUAUGUAUAUACAAAUAAGGGAAAAUUUUUUGGUGCUAUUCGGUUCUGUUAUUAUCAUUUAUUCAGAUUUUGGCUAAUUGUAUUUAUAAUGGAUUUUUGA